ACCAAACCCCCGACCGCAGCUGAAGAGGAGUCCCCCAUUAUUUGAGACUCCCAGCCACUCCUUCGAGCUCAUUGCUCGUAUUACGGUGUAGCCCAUUCCUGCGCUUCCCUCGACCUUUUCCGCCCAAGCAAACAACAAGGCAGUGACGCUCGCAUGCGUCACUCCUGUAUCAUAUAGUGCGAACGGCCCCACCCUUCUGUGGACGACGGAGUACACACCACAACCACAACACCCUCAUGCCAUGGCCGCCUCGAGCGAGAAACCGGAAGGGGGCUCCGACGGUAGCGCAACCCAACACCCUCCAACGUCCGACCAAGGCAAACCCUCCAAGCCCAGCGCCGCUCACCGAGUCGCAACCUUCCCCCUCGUGCGCAAAACCAACACUACCUCGUCGAGCAAAAAGAAAGGACCCGCCGGCGGCUUCGACGACACGCCUAUCCCGCACGCACCGCCGGGAUUUACGGUGAAGAUCACGUUCCACCGCGCGACCAAUCUCCCCCUCGCGGACAUCAACACCCUCUCCGCCGACCCCUUCAUCGUCGCCGUCAUCACGACGGCGCUGCCACAGCGCCACAAGAUUGAUCCGCCGCUGACGCUCCGCACACCCACCGUGCGCGAGUCCACGAACCCGGAAUGGAACGUCGAGUGGAUCGUGGCGAACGUCCCGCCGUCAGGCUUCAGGAUGAAGUGUCGCAUCUUCGACGAAGAUCCUGCGGACCACGACGAUCGCCUAGGAAAUGCGCACAUCGACACGGGUCCCUUGGAUGAGGAGUGGGCCGGCAUCAAGAAUCAAGGGUUCCCCGUGAAGAUGCGCAUGGCGAGUAAGCGGGCGUACCUGUUACGGGGAGUCGCCGUGUGUCUGGGGAAGGUGGAGCAUAUGCGGGCGGCAUUGUAUGUGAGCGUCGAGGUGUUGGGGAGGACCGAGGAUGAGGAAGGGGGGAGGUGUUAUACGGUGGGGCCGCAGUAUUGGAUACGGCAUUACAGUCCGUUGUUGGGGAGGUUGUUGGGGCAGAAGGAGCCGAGGGAGGAUGGGGAGGUGUCGAGGAGGACGGGGAAGCCCAAGCCGGAGAGGUACAACUUCCAAGCCAACCAAAUGCAGCUCCGCGGCCCCGUCCCCGGCCCCAUGUAUCACCGCUACGUCGAAUUCAAACCCUUCGUCAAGCAAAUGUUCACCGCAACCGGCGUGCGCGGCUUCAUCCUGUCCAAAGCCCUGCACGCCCAACACGCCCGCGUCUACAACUUUGACCAAUCGACGGCAUACGAGCGGGUUCCCUCCCCUUGCAUCGAAUUCACCCAAAAGUUUCUGGAGCUAUGUCAUUGGGAUCGGGGCGGCAGGAUCUUCACGUACGUGCUGACGCUGGAUGCGCUUUUCCGGUUUACGGAGACGGGGAAGGAGUUCGGGAUCGACAUGUUGAGUAAGCAUACGAUGCACAGCGAUGUGGCGCCGUAUGUAGCGUUCUCAGGGGAAUUCUUCAUUCGGAGGUGGGAGGGGAGGGAUGAAGAGCACGGGGAGAAGGGGGAGAAGGGUGGCCUUCAUCCUCACUUUCACGCGCUCCAUCAUCAUGCCCAUCAUAUUAAUAGUAAUGAUAAUCAGCACAACGAACACGCCUCCGAAGACGGCGCCGACAACAAGAAGCACAAACACAGUCGCUCGCAGUCGAGCGGCGCCAAAUCCUGGCUAUCGGCCUUAUCCUCGAAUCGAUCCCACAACGCCGACAAGGAAGAGGAAAAACAGAUGCACCAGGACAACUCGCCCCACCAUUACGAACUCAUCAUCGACAACGACAGCGGGACCUACCGCCCGAACCCUUCCCUCCUGCCCCUGCUACACGACUUCCUCUCCGCGAAUUUCCCGGGCCUACACAUUCGAACGCUAGACUGCCAGGCGCAAGCCGAAGAGAUGGCGGCGCUGAAGAAGCAACAGAGGGAGCGGAAACAGAAGGAAGGGCAGAGGAUCGUGUUUACGCAGGCGAGGCGUGCGACCAGUUUGAGCUCUCUGAGUUCAAGCGAUGAGAGCAUGCUGGAUAGGAUGGAGGCGGCUGUUACAGCCGUUGCGGACGGUGCGAGAGGAGGUAAAGGAGAGGGGAGUGGGAAGAAAGAUGGACAACAGGGCAAAGGAGACUUGGGUUAUGCGGGACCUGAAAGGAACAUGUCGGCACUGGAAGAGCAGACGCAUCUGCGGCAUCGAGUGCUCAGGGAGGCGGAGGAGAGGGUGCAGGCGGCGAAGAGGCAGGCGAAGGAGUAUAACCCGCGGGGUGUGAAAGCGGGAUGGAAAGGAGUGGGGAGGGGGAACGGAGAAGGAGUCAAUGAGACGACCAAGGGUGAUGGCAAUGCGGAUAUAGAUGGAGAGGAACACGAGCAUCAGGAGGACAUGGGAGAGCGACCUCCUCCAUCAACCACCCCGACGACAGCACCAGACACCCGACACGAAGUACAAUCGCAAUCGCAAUCCCAACCCCAGGCACAGGAGAAAAAGGAGGCUACAGGAUAACGCCUCCUUGUCACCUUUAGCGCCAAGCCCAUGUCUUUCAUUUCUAUCUGCCUUCUUCCUUUUCCCUUAUCCUCGGUCCGUCCAGAGGCGCGAGCAUAGCACAGUUGUUUGUGUUCCGUUAUAUCUUUCCGAUCAUUGCAUCUUUUCAUUCGUCGGAAUCGUCCGUCUGUAUCCCUUCUUUCGUUCUUCUCCAUCUAUAUAACCCUCAUCCGCCCUCAUACCUCCCACCUUCCUGGAAUUUUUCUUCCCCUCUUCAUCCGGCAUGUCGUUCGUUCUCGCCGACCAGUGCCUCGACCUCGGUCCACCUACCACUCAGCUGAUUUGGGAUUCCGUUGUCGCUAUUGUUGUUGUUGCUGUUGUUGCUGUUGUUGUCUUCUCUCCUUCCUAGUCGUGACAAGGACCCAGAUACCCACGAAAAUGAUCCAGGGAGGGAAUCAUUACAUAUAUCUACCGAUCCGCUCAACUUUAAGCGAUAAUAUAAUACUCU